AUGUUCUCCGAACCCAAGCCCGACAGUGACAGCGGCCCUAAUCCGCCCUGGUACACCUUCUUGCCCGAUGGACGUUUUGAUCCCGGCGGCAUUCCCGACCGUCUCCUACAACAUUCCGAGCUGCAAAAGCGGGGCAUCGUACCAACUGGUACUUUUAAACCUGGUGCCGUAUUCAGCGUCAAGGGCUUCUUGGAAAACGCUCCGCAAUUCGACCCCGCCCUAGUCAUCAAAGUUCUUGACACAAACGGGGCAGAGCUUCCCAUUUAUGAACGCCUGCUAGGCGAGCUCGAUCGCCCCAAUAACCACACUCUGCCGUCCGAGAUCACAACUGUUGGCCACCCGUUGCUUAUCAUGCCGUUCAUUGGUUCUAUCUGGGAUCUUCACGAUCCCUAUUCCUCUCCCCGUUUUCUGGUAGACUUUCUUUAUCAGUUCGUAGAGGGCGUCGAGUACCUGCAUAGCCAUCACAUCGUCCAUAUGGACAUAUCUCCGCACAAUGUCCUGUUAGGACUGCCAAGCAACGUCGAAGUGCACAAGGACAUCGUUGCGUACAGACUCUACAUCAUUGACUUCGACAUUGCGAGGCGGUUCAAGCUGGGGCCUGGUGUCCAGCCUGCAAUCACGCUCCCCGAUACCCAAUAUCCCCCUCCGAAGGGUCUCAAACAUUUCGACCCUUACUCGUGGGACGUAUAUUGCAUGGGGCUCACGAUGGAGUCUAUUAUGAAGGCGAGCCGCUGUCCAUGUUUUCAACGAUGA